AUGGCUUUCCCACAAGACUGGGGGCCUUCCCCGGCAUUCGCAGCAAUGCGAAUUACUGCGGAAGGGGCCCCUUUGAUUGUACACACAAGGCCACUAUCCGGCGACGUAUACAUAGGUGCAGAAGAAUCCGCAUUCCGCCGGAAUUUAGCUGUAGAGGAAAACGCAAACGAAGGCUCAACUGAUGAACACACAGGGGAUGAGUCCUCAGUUUUUUUCGUUGUGAAGGGAUGCCCCACAGCCAGCAAUGAUAUGCUGGUGAAAAAGGGAGAAUAUGAGGGGGGAUUUUCUAUUUGGGAAUGCACCUGGGACCUCCUGGGUUUCUUGCAAAAGACAGACAACGAUAAAGCUAAACAUGCUCGUGACCUGGUCAGUAGGGGCCACGUCCUGGACCUGGGGUGCGGCCACGGCUUACUGGGUAUUUGGGCUCUCAAGAGCGGCGCUCAUGCUGUGGUCUUUCAGGAUUUGAACGAAGAUGAUCGAUCCAUAGCUCAUCUGGUCUUCCCCCCGCCGACAGCUGCCCAUCUUGGAAAUGAGGGGCCAGCCUAUGCAGAAGCUUUAAGGAAUCCAACUCCAGACGUGGGCACCAGUCAGCAGAUGGAGGCGUCGAGCUUUCCUCUUUUGCAUGGCCGUGCUCUUUGUGUGGCAGCGUCCUGGGAAAAGCAUCCAGAGAUAUUUUGCUCAUGCCAAUGCACAGGAAUGAAGACAACGAGGGAGAUGGAGACAAGCAGCAAGACAAAACCGGUGCCUGAAACUUCGAUUGAGACAGUCCCGGAGAAAGGAAGAAGCGGGGUGACAGCCCUACCAGAGACAGGCAUGACGACUGAGACAAUACGGCAGGCAAGCCAGAAGGGAGUUCAAUUCAGUGUCAUUUUGUGCUCCGAAGGAAUAUACAGAGAAGAAGCAUUCGAGCCCCUCGCGGAACUAUUCAAACGUCUCCUUCACAAGGACGGCAUUGCUCUAGUGGCCUCCAAGAGGUAUUAUUUCGGCAUUGGUGGUGGAUCUUUGGCUUUUAUCUCCUUUCUUCGAGAGAAGUACGCCGCGGCUCUCUCAGUUGAGGUAGCGGCUUCGUUUAGGGGAGUGAAUUCCAACAACUUUAGGGAUGUCUUGUUAAUAAGAAGCAGUGACAACCCGGCCGGAUAA